AUGACCCAAAAGAAAACAAAGCUUUGUUUCAGAGCCAACGUGUAUACUGAAGUGCCUGAUGGAGGAUGGGGCUGGGCAGUAGCGGUUUCCUUUUUCUUCAUUGAAGUCUUUACCUAUGGCAUCAUCAAGUCGUUUGGCGUCUUCUUUAAUGACUUAAUGGACAGUUUUGAUGAAUCCAAUAGCAGGAUCUCAUGGAUAAUAUCAAUAUGUGUGUUUGUCUUAACAUUUACAGCUCCCCUCGCCACAGUCCUGAGCAAUCGAUUCGGACACCGUCUGGUGGUGAUGCUGGGUGGUGUGUUUGUCAGCACCGGCAUGGUGGCCGCCUCCUUUGCACGUGAGGUUUGCCACAUGUACGUGACCAUUGGCCUCAUCUCUGCCAUCAUGGCUCUGAAGGAGAACAUCGGCUGGAGAUACAGCCUCCUCUUUGUGGGCCUGCUACAGCUAAACAUCGUCGUCUUCGGGGCACUGCUGAGACCGAUUAUUAUCAGAGGACCAGGGUCGCCGAAAAUAAUCCCCCACGAAAAUCGGAAAGAAGUGCAAUAUAUGCUUGAAAAUGAAAAAACACGAACCUCAAUAGACUCCAUUGACUCAGGAGUAGAACUAACUACCUCACCUAAAAAUGUGCCUAGUCACGCUAACACGGAACUGGAGCUGAAGGCUGACAUGCAGCAGGUCCUGGUGAAGACGAGCUCCAAGCCGAGCGAUAAGAAAGCCCCUUUAUUAGACUUCUCGAUUUUGAAAGAGAAAAGUUUUAUUUGUUACGCAUUAUUUGGUCUCUUUGCAACACUGGGAUUCUUCGCACCGUCUUUGUACAUCAUUCCUCUGGGCGUCAGCCUGGGCAUUGACCAGGAACACGCUGCUUUUUUAUUAUCUGCGAUGGCAAUUGCGGAAGUGUUUGGAAGAAUUGCAGCUGGCUUUGUCUUCAACAGAGAGCCCAUCCGUAAGAUUUACAUCGAGCUCAUCUGCGUCAUCUUGUUGACUGUGUCUCUGUUUGCCUUUACAUUUGCUACUGAAUUCUGGGGUCUCAUGUCAUGUAGCGUAUUUUUUGGGUGUAUGGUCGGAACGAUAGGAGGAACUCACAUACCACUGCUUGCUGAAGAUGAUGUCGUGGGAAUCGAGAAGAUGUCUUCUGCAGCUGGGGUCUACGUCUUCAUCCAGAGCAUAGCAGGACUGGCGGGACCACCCCUCGCAGGUUUGUUGGUGGACCAAAGUAAAAUCUACAGCAGGGCCUUCUACUCCUGCGCAGCUGGCAUGUCCGUGGCUGCUGUGUGCCUCGCCCUGGUGAGACCGUGUAAACAGGGACUGUGCCAGCGCCAUGAUUCAGGUGAGACAAAGGCAGCGAGCCAUCGUGGGAAGGCAUUACAAGACAUACCCGAAGACUUUCUGGAAAUGGAUCUUGCGAAGAAUGAACAUAGAGUUCAUGUGCAAAUAGAGCCAGUAUGACACACGUUCAUGUGACAACAGCCACUGUGUCGGCUUGGGGGUGGGGGGUGGA